UGACGGUGUGACGGGGGGCACUUUGUUGGUGUACGAGGGAGAUGGAAGCGGAGCAGGAGAUGACGAGGAGGCGAGUGUUGGUGACGUUCGACGUGGACGGGACGCUGAUCCGGAGCACCGGCAGCGCCUCCAACCACCUCCAUCGCCAGGCCUUCGCUCACGCCUUCCUGCGCGUCUUUGGCCUCCAAAACGCCACCAUCGACGCCGUCCAGCAUCAUGGCCAAACAGAUCCCAUUAUACUUGUGAAUACAGCCAUUCACUAUGGUGUAUCUUCCAAUGUGGCUGCUGAAAGACUUCCUGAUAUGAAGACAGAGAUGCUUAAAUAUGCUAGAGAACAUGUUGAAGAAAUUGGAGAGGGGCUUGAGGUUCUUCCUGGUGUUGCUUCUUUGUUGGAUGCUUUGUCUUCAAGUAAUGUGGUUAUUGGACUGGUCACAGGCAAUCUAGAAGAGAUUGCAUGGAUGAAGAUGGAUGGAUUGGGCAUCAGAAAAUAUUUUACAGUUCCAAACUUUGGAGGAUUUGGAAGUGAUCACAUUGAUCGAGGGCAUUUAGUGAAGAUUGCAGCUGACAGAGCCAAAGAACUAUGUCCUGCAGGAUUUGACUUACGUGUGCAUGUUGGAGAUACACCAAAUGACAUCAAAGCUGCAGAAUAUGGAGGAGCGCUUGCAAUUGGAGUAUGUACAGCCAGGAAAUUGGUAAUGAGCUCCCUCCAGGAUGAGUCCUUGAUUGUGACUGCAUGUGCUGAAUGCUGCCUGUCCUGUCUCCAGUGUGCUAGCACAUCUAUUUGCAAUUGGCAGAACAUGAUUGGGACGUGAUCAACGCGGUCAUGGCUCCGCACAUGGAUAUGUAUAAUUGCCAGAUGUGUUUCUUUCGAUUUUUGCAUGUAGAUUCUUGAUAGAGAUGAAGGAAGCUCCAUGAAUGGCUGUUUGACACACCAACCACUAUCAAACCUUGUGUCAAAAGACAAUAUGAGAUGGAUGGAGUGGGUGAUCUGCCUUGCUGGUUUACUUGGUUUUCAAAGUUGAUGGCUUAGCUGGCCAUGCCUCAAUCUUGGGUGUCACCCAUGUGACUAACUUGGCUUAUUCAUGCCAAGUCAUGAUGAUGAUUGCUGCCUCUAUGCAAAGUUUAGAUCUGAGAGGUCAUUUUACUUUGAAGAUAUUCUGCUAAGGAACUGCAUGUGAUUAGUAGAUGUCAUCUCUGCUACUAGUUCUCAACUGUGUGUGCUCCUGCACCAAAUAGCAUGCAGAUCCAAGUUGUCUGACAUUGUCUGGAAUCAAUGCUGCAAAUGAUGCUAUCUGUAAAGGAUGGACCAUUAGGAAUUCCAUUGUGGAAUUUGGAUCUUCCCCCCAGUGUGUCUGUCACUGGUACAAAAAGUUUGACUGGUACAUAGAAACUAUAUGCUGAACAAAACCUUGCUGCAUUGUGUUUUACCUCCUUUUAUUAUGAAUAUUGAUUGUUUGUCUC